AUGGCAACAACUUCAGACGAUUUACUUAACCAUAUGAAGGAAUAUCACAAGAGUUUUCAAACUGUGUUGAAUUAUGGUUUGAAAUCAAGAGAGCUUCGUUACAAAGAAGAUGCGAUAAAAACGGUUCACAAGUUACGACUGGAAUCAUGUAUCGACGAAGUACGUGUUCUCUCUAUUGGAUCCGGAAAAGGUGACGUUGAUCUUCAUUUCAUUAAUGCCUUGGUGUACAAAUAUACAGCAAUACAUUAUACCGUGGUAGAACCAGCAACUGGUCCAUUAGAUGAAUUUAAGAGACUAAUCGAAUCCAAUCAAGAAAGGUGGAGAGGAGUAAAAUUUAGUUUCCAUGUACAAGGAAUAAACGAGUAUCUUGAAGGAGGUGGUACAUCUGACAAAUAUGACGUCAUACUUGCCUGUCAUUCAUUUUAUUGUUUUCGUAAUGCCGGAAAUACACUGCGUUAUUUAUACGACAUGCUUUCUAAGGAUGGAAUGCUUCUCAUAAGGGUUGACACAGAUGGAGGAUGGUUGAAGUAUCUUAAUUACAGAAACAAGUUCCAAUUGUCCAGGAAGCACAUAUCAGGAGUAGAAGCUAAAAAACUAACUUAUCUCCAGUUUCCGCAUGGCUCCAUUGAGAUAUUACGUAACACAAAUGUUGUCACUGUUACUAAGUGCUUCGAUAAAGAUUCAAAGAAUGGGAAUAGAAUGCUUGAUUUCUUUACCGAAGUUUUCAAUUUUAGGAAUGCACGGCCACCAGACGAAGUAGAGGAGUGCUUGAGAUAUUUCAGGGAUGAAUGUUGUUAUGUAAAAGCAGACGAAAUAUUGAUUGAUGUGGUUGAAGAAGACAUCAUAAUUUGGAAGAAUGGACACACUUAG